AACUAGCAGUUUGAAUCGUCUCAGUUUAACUGCUGUGCCAGCUGUAGCUCUGUCUAUUUCCAUCUCAUGAGUCACUCAUUCGCAACUUCCAGCAGCAGUUCCGAACCCCUCGCACUCCGCUUCCUGAUACCUGACGUCACACGGUCACAGCAAGGGGUUGUCCGCUGGUGUGUUCUGGUACAGCAACAGUUUCCCUUGAACACCGAGAGAAAGAGCGUCAAGCGGGGAGGAAUAAGUCGCCGCGUUUUUUCCUUCUUUAUUUUAAAAUGGAAGUUUAGGACAAGAGGAAUAUAUCCGCAGGGACACAGCUCUACACCGCGACUGACAGCAGAGAAACGUUAACGCCAGCCGGCUGAGGAAAAGCCAUGGCCAUUAUAACCUGCCGAGUGCAGUAUUUGGAGGACUCGGACCCUUUCGUCUGUACCAACUUCCCGGAGCCACGGAGACCGCCGCCCUAUGAUCUGGACGAAAACAUCGCCUUGAUUGAGCAGAUAGCCGGGGUUCACAAACUCCUGGAGGCACCGCUGAAGUUGGAGGAGUGUGCUCUGCAGAUGGCCCCCAAUGGGAACUACCUGGACCUGGACCUGUCUCUGGGGGAACAGAAAGAUGAGGUGGAACAGCUCUAUGACGACGUGGGUAGAGGGAAGAAGCCCAUCCUGAUCCUGAGAACUCAGCUAUCUGUCAGAGUCCACUCCAUUCUAGGUAAGAUCCCGCUCCUCCUUUUCCAUCCCUCCGUCCCACUUGAAACGAAGUCCAUAUCAUGAAGGCUUUAUAGAACCCUAACCCUAAAUGCUUCAAAAGCACUUCAUAGAUGCUUAACAGCAAGGUGUUUGUUAUGAGUGAUUUCUGAACCAUCUAUAUACACCUUAUAAAGGGUUUAUGAAGUCUUCAAUAAGUCUUCAGUUAGGAUUCCUUUACUAUCCGUCUGUA